GCAGCCCCAAAGUUACAAUCAAAUCCGACGAAGAAGGAGAGGCCUCUCCUCCUUCUUCAAAAGUAAGUGAAACCCAGAAGCUUUGUCACACAUUAAAGCACUCACCGUCAGGAUAGCGUUUACUUGCCAUGGCUGCCACUUCCUCUGCCUCUGCUGGAGCGAGGAAUGUGCAAGUAAUUGAGACUGCAACAAGUGCACCAGUUGCUUCUAAAAAUGGUCCAAGUGGGUCAGUUAGCGGACAUGGAGGAUCUCUUAUUAGAGGAAGUGGACCACCAGACAAUGGAAGUGCUGAGAAUUAUCGUCGCCUGCAUAAAAUAACUGUUAUUGGUGAUAAUGUGCCCCUACCAUCUACUACCUUUAAAGCUACGGGCUUCACAUCCGAUAGUCUUAGUGAGGUACAAAAUGCUGGUUUUUCUGCCCCAACUCCAAUUCAAGCUCAGUCAUGGCCAGUUGCAUUUGAAGGUAGAGACAUUGUGGCCAUUGCUAAACCGGGGUCAGGGAAGACCUUAGGGUACUUGCUUCCUGGAUUUAUGUGUCUCAAGCGCACCCAUAAUAACUCUCAGAUGGGUCCAACUGUGUUGGUGUUAUCACCAACAGGGGAGCUGGCCAAACAGAUUCAAGAGGAAGCGAUGAAGUUUGGGAAAUCUCUGGGCAUAGCUGUUGUGGUAUGCACUUAUGGCCCAUUUUAGGCAGUAAUGAUCCUGUCUGGCUUAGCGUAUCGUUCCCUGUAUACGUAUAUUGUUAUUAUUAUUAUAGUACUCCCGGACCUAUCCCAGCCAUACUAUUUGUGACCUUACAGGUUUUUAUUUUUAUAUUGUAUUUUCGCUGGAGCACUUUGGC